UGAAAAGAUGGCGGCGGCAGGGCCCAGCUAGCCCGAAGCAGCAGCACGGCGAACAAAACCAACCUCGAUAGCAGGCCCAAAAGAGGGCGGGGAAAUCGAGCCGGGACUCAGCAACAGCCCGUGGGGGAAGAAAGGAAUGGAUUUUCCGCAACAUAGUCACCAAGUUCUGGAACAGCUGAAUCAGCAAAGGCACCUUGGACUGCUGUGUGACUGCACCUUUGUCGUGGAUGGCAUCGACUUCAAGGCACACAAGGCAGUGCUGGCUGCAUGCAGCGAAUAUUUCAGGACAUUGUUCCUGGAUCAGAAGGACGUGGUGCAUCUGGACAUUAGUAACGCAGCAGGUCUCGGCCAGGUGUUGGAAUUCAUGUACACAGCCAAGCUCAACCUGACAGCGGCGAAUGUUUUUGACGUGCAGGCAGUGGCCGGCUUCCUUCAAAUGCAUGACAUUGUGAGCACGUGUGCAACUUUCAUCGAAGGCAAGUCCUGCACACCAGCACCGUCUCUCACCAAAGAGGAGCCUUCUGCUUCAGCUCAUGACGUGGAGCCGCAGAACAGUGACGAGAAAAAGGGAAAGGAACAGAGUGUAGAUUCUCCUGGAAAAGAGAAGAAGCCAGCUGUCGAAGCGAGGGCAGAUGGACCAGCAGAGUCAGAAGAUGAUGACGCAGCAAUGGAGUUUGAAGAUGAUGAAGAUGAAGAUUACAAACCCGGAGACAUGGUGAAAGAUGCUGUGUCAAAGAUAUAUGGAAAACGUCGGCACUUCUUUGCCAGGAAAAGCACUUCGAGUGACAGUAAAGACUGCAGUGCUGCGGAGAGUCCCAAGGAAGACAUGGCAGAUGAUGAACUGAAGGAGACGGACACAAUGGUGCAUGAUAACACCGACGUACAGGAGAAUGGGAGUGAGUUGGCACACAGUCACGGAGACGGCCAGGCGCAUUCUGAGUACAGCGAGAAGCUGGAUGGUGCCUCAGAGUCGGAUGCAACGCUGGAGGAUCAGGACAGCGCUCACGAUACCAGGCGUCGUCGCUUUGGCCCCUACAUUGACCGCACCGAAUCGCGUCCUUACGGGUCAAUAACGCACAAGUGUAAGGACUGCGGGAAAGAGUUUACACACACUGGAAACUACAAGCGGCACGUCCGCAUCCAUACCGGAGAGAAGCCCUUCUCUUGCAGAGAGUGCAACAAGGCGUUCUCGGACCCUGCUGCCUGCAAAGCGCAUGAGAAAACGCACAGUCCAGUCAAGCCUCACUCCUGCGAGGAGUGCGGGAAGAGCUACCGGCUGAUAAGCUUGCUGAACUUGCACAAGAAGAGGCACACGGGCGAGGCCAAGUACACGUGCGAUGACUGCAGGAAGACCUUCACCACCUCCGGCAAUCUGAAGCGCCACCAGCUGGUGCACAGUGGUGAGAAGCCCUACCAGUGCGACUACUGUGAGAGGUCGUUCUCCGAUCCCACCGCCAAAAUGCGGCACCUGGAGAUGCACGAUGCUGACAAGGUUCACAAGUGUCCCCACUGUGAGAAGCGAUUUAACCAGCUGGGGAACUUGAAAGCCCACCUGAAGAUCCACAUUGUAGACGGGCCCCUGAAGUGCAGGGAGUGUGGGAAGCAGUUCACCACAUCAGGAAACCUGAAGCGCCACCUGCGGAUCCACAGUGGAGAGAAGCCGUACGUCUGCCCACACUGCCAGCGAGCUUUCUCUGAUCCCGGAGCGUUGCAACGCCACGUGCGCAUUCACACAGGUGAGAAGCCUUGCAUUUGCAUCAUUUGUGGGAAGAGCUUCACGCAGGCGAGCUCCCUGAUUGCUCACAUCCGACAGCACACCGGGGAGAAACCGUACGUCUGUGAUCGCUGUGGAAAAAGAUUUACACAGUCCAGUCAGUUGGCCAAUCACAUUCGGCACCAUGACAAUAUCCGGCCGCACCAGUGCCACAUCUGUAACAAGGCGUUCGUCAAUGCCGGUGACCUUGCCAAACACGUCAUCAUCCACACAGGUGAGAAACCCUAUCUCUGUGACACAUGUGGACGAGGUUUCAAUCGCGUUGACAAUCUCCGCUCACAUGUCAAAACUGUGCACCAGGGAAAGACCGGACUGAAAAAACUCAAAAGUAAAGAUGAAGAUGAGGAAGAAGACAGGAAUGUUGUCACUGUUACAACAGAUACCAUGGUUACCUUGGCAACUGAGGCACUGGCUGCUACUGCUGUGACCCAGCUAACUGUGGUCCCGGUGGCAAGCGCGGAUGAAACGGAGGUCCUGAAGGCGGAGAUCACAAAAGCAGUCGAACAGGUUCAGGAAGCCGAUCCGAAUGCUCACAUCCUGUACGCCUGUGAUUCCUGCGGGGAGAAGUUCCUGGAUGCCAACAGCCUGGCACAGCACGUGCGCAUUCACACAGCCCAGGCCCUGGUCAUGUUCCAGGCAGACACAGACUUUUACCAGCAGUACAGCAAUGGCAGCUGGCAAGCCGAGCACGUCAUCCAGCCGGGAGAGCUCCUUUUCCGAGCUCGAGAUGGGGCGGACAUCCCAACCUCCGCUGCCGAACAGACUCAGGUACUGAGCUGCCAGAAUCCAUCACAGUGAGGGAUUGACCCAGGAACCAGGGGCACUGUGCUAGUCAUGUCACGUAGCAGAAGUACUCUGUUCCAUCAGCCAUCCUGAAUGCUGCAAUCCAAACACAGCCUGCUCAUUAAAGAAUUGGAAGCUGUAAGACUGGCUCCAUGACUGCAACGGAACAUGUUACAGAUCGUUCAUGUGCUCUGCAAUCUGUAAAACUGUAUCUAACGUAGACAGCAACACUAAAAGUUCACAGCUGGAGGACCGUGAGGGAAUGCAGUCAGGAUGAAUAAAGGUUGCUACACGACUGCGAGGGGGUGACUUUUACGAUGGUCUCUGCUCUGUUUUCUUAUUGAGUGCACUAGGUCCAGCACUGUUUGGGCUGGGAGAGGGGAGGGGGUGGAAACGAGCUUUCAGAAUUUCAUGGGACUGAAUUAGAAGUCAACAUUAUGUACUCCACAGGAUCACUCUGAUGUAUUAUUGUUAAGUACUUACGAGUGAUUAAGCUAUUUUACCUCCUAUGAGCGAGGGCCAGUUGGCAGUCACAUCUUUACCACACAAUCUGUGCACUGGAUGCAAGACAUUGUUCCAUGCUGUGCCCAUCACGCAGACCGGUAAUAAGGAAAACAUGUUGGACAACACACUGCAAUUGCCAGUGGCUGAAAGGCUCACUGCAGAAAGACCCUCCUAAAGCACUUCAUGCAUCAGAAUUCAGCAGAACUUAUUUAUGUAAGGCAGAUGCUAUCCACAAGUAAUAAAGUGGAAGCUGGUCAUAAAGUGAUUCUGUUUUUGUUAUCUCACGGUUCUGACGUUUUGUAAUUUAAUGGGAUUUCACUUUCAAAACAGGAUCGUUGCCACUCGGAAUCAGGGAUCCGAUUUAGGAUUUGAAGAUCCUGGCUUCCACAGGGCUGUUAAGUGAAAGGAGAAACGAGGCAUUAAUAGAACGAUUACUGCUAUUGAGUCACUGAAAAAAGCAACUAUUUUCACAAUGUGUGUCACCAUGUCAAUAUUUUGAUCAG